AUGAGGAAAUACACAUGCUUCGAGCAGUUCAUGGAGGACAUCCAGCUUAUCGUACGGAAUGCCAAUGUUUUCAAUCCCAAACGCAGCACCACGCGUCAUAUCGCGCAUGCAGCUGGUACGAUGAAGGACAACAUCUUGUCGUACGCUCACCGCUUCCGCAUACGCCAGGGUUACGACCUCUUCGCCAAAUGUCGUGAGGUGACAAAGCGGCUCCGAGCGCAUCCAACACUAUACGGAGAAUACGGUCAACGAUUUUCGAAUGCUACUGGAAAGAGCUCUCGCACGAAUCAUGUCUGCACGUACGAAAAGCCCGGCGCACGCGCCAGUGUCCGUGGUGUGAAGGAUCCUGAUCUUAGCGUGGCUGCAGCGCUCUCUCGCGCGACGGCAAUCACAGGUAAGUCUGCUAUGCCCGAAGUCGCUGUGAAGAAGGAGCUUGCGGCUGAUGUUCGAAGCAAAACGAAAGUCGUGCGGGUAGCUCAGUGGUUUCAUGAUGAAGAGGAGGAGGCAAGAAAGCAGAGCAAGACAGGCGAGUGCACCAAAACGGAAAGCUGCGACAAAGCAGAUGAGGAGGUGGUAGAAGAUAGAGCAAGAGAAGAUGCCAGACGUUAUUUAUGA